CUGCCGCUGCCGCUGCCGCUUCGCCGCCGCCGCCGCCGCCUCUUACGUCUUUCCCUUUGACAAGUCGCCGCCGCUGCAGCAAAAAUAUAAAGGACGCGGCUAGCGCAGCCGCUGGCUAGCCGGGUGCCGGGCGCUGGAGCCGCACCCCAUUGCCGCCAGCCCUCGACCCACGUACGAACUAAUGGCUGAAGAGUAAAUCAACAUGGCGACUAUGGUUCCACCAGUGAAACUGAAAUGGCUUGAACACCUGAAUAGCUCCUGGAUCACAGAGGACAGUGAAUCUAUUGCUACAAGAGAGGGAGUUACUGUUUUGUAUUCUAAACUGAUCAGCAAUAAGGAAGUAAUACCUUUGCCUCAACAGGUUUUAUGCCUCAAAGGACCACAGUUGCCUGAUUUUGAACGUGAGUCUCUUUCAAGUGAUGAGCAGGACCAUUAUUUGGAUGCCCUUCUUAGCAGCCAGCUAGCACUAGCAAAGAUGGUAUGUUCAGAUUCUCCAUUUGCUGGGGCGCUACGAAAACGACUGCUUGUACUCCAACGUGUCUUUUAUGCACUUUCUAAUAAGUACCAUGACAAAGGCAAAGUGAAACAGCAGCAGCAUUCUCCAGAGAGCAGCUCUGGUUCAGCAGAUGUCCAUUCUGUCAGUGAACGCCCCCGGUCAAGCACUGACGCACUUAUAGAAAUGGGUGUCCGGACUGGCCUAAGUUUGUUAUUUGCACUUCUGAGACAGAGUUGGAUGAUGCCUGUGUCGGGACCUGGUCUCAGUCUCUGCAAUGACGUCAUUCAUACUGCAAUUGAAGUUGUGAGCUCUUUGCCUCCGUUGUCUUUAGCAAAUGAAAGCAAGAUUCCUCCUAUGGGCUUGGACUGCUUAUCACAAGUUACAACAUUUCUUAAAGGAGUAACUAUUCCCAAUUCUGGGGCAGACACUUUAGGUCGUCGAUUAGCCUCUGAGUUGCUGCUUGGCUUAGCAGCUCAGAGAGGCUCUUUGAGAUACCUUCUUGAAUGGAUAGAAAUGGCUUUGGGGGCUUCAGCAGUUGUAUAUACUAUGGAGAAAAACAAACUACUGUCAAGCCAGGAAGGAAUGAUCAGCUUUGACUGCUUUAUGGCUAUAUUAAUGCAGAUGAGGCGAUCUUUGGGUUCAUCUGCUGAUCGGAGUCAGUGGAGAGAACCGACUAGAACAUCUGAAGGCUUAUGUUCACUCUAUGAGGCAGCAUUAUGUCUUUUUGAAGAGGUUUGCAGAAUGGCUUCUGACUAUUCAAGAACAUGUGCUAGCCCAGAUAGCAUUCAGACUGGUGAUGCUCCCAUUGUUUCUGAAACCUGUGAGGUAUAUGUUUGGGGCAGCAACAGCAGCCAUCAGUUGGUAGAAGGCACACAGGAGAAAAUACUACAACCCAAACUGGCUCCUAGUUUCUCUGAUGCUCAGACCAUUGAAGCUGGACAGUAUUGCACUUUUGUCAUUUCUACAGAUGGCUCUGUCAGAGCUUGUGGUAAAGGCAGCUAUGGGAGAUUGGGCCUCGGAGAUUCCAAUAAUCAGUCUACCUUAAAAAAGUUAACUUUUGAGCCUCACCGGUCUAUUAAGAAAGUUUCAUCAUCCAAAGGCUCUGAUGGUCACACUUUAGCUUUUACUACAGAAGGUGAAGUCUUCAGCUGGGGAGAUGGUGACUAUGGGAAACUAGGACAUGGGAAUAGUUCAACCCAGAAAUACCCUAAGCUUAUCCAGGGCCCACUACAGGGAAAGGUAGUAGUUUGUGUAUCAGCUGGAUACAGACAUAGUGCUGCUGUCACAGAGGAUGGUGAAUUAUAUACUUGGGGUGAAGGGGACUUUGGAAGAUUAGGUCAUGGUGACAGUAACAGCCGUAACAUUCCAACGUUAGUAAAAGACAUUAGCAAUGUAGGAGAGGUUUCUUGUGGAAGUUCACAUACGAUUGCUUUGUCCAAAGAUGGAAGAACUGUGUGGUCUUUUGGAGGAGGCGACAAUGGCAAACUUGGCCAUGGUGAUACCAACAGAGUAUAUAAACCUAAAGUUAUUGAAGCUUUACAAGGAAUGUUUAUUCGCAAAGUUUGUGCUGGGAGCCAAUCUUCACUUGCUUUGACAUCAACAGGGCAGGUUUAUGCUUGGGGCUGUGGAGCUUGUCUAGGCUGUGGUUCUUCAGAAGCUACUGCUUUGAGGCCCAAGCUCAUUGAAGAAUUGGCUGCCACAAGAAUAGUUGAUAUUUCUAUUGGAGAUAGUCAUUGUUUGUCUCUUUCUCAUGAUAAUGAAGUUUAUGCCUGGGGCAAUAACUCUAUGGGACAAUGUGGCCAGGGAAAUUCAACAGGUCCUAUUACUAAACCAAAGAAAGUGAGUGGCUUAGAUGGCAUAGCUAUUCAGCAGAUCUCAGCUGGAACAUCACAUAGUUUGGCAUGGACUGCUCUCCCUAGGGACAGACAAGUUGUUGCAUGGCACAGGCCUUAUUGUGUAGAUCUUGAAGAGAGUACCUUCUCACAUCUGCGAUCUUUUCUUGAGAGAUACUGUGAUAAAAUAAACAGUGAGAUUCCCCCACUACCUUUCCCUUCAUCAAGGGAACACCAUAAUUUUCUUAAGCUGUGCCUGAAGUUGCUUUCAAAUCACCUUGCUCUGGCCCUGGCGGGAGGGGUAGCUACCAGUAUUCUUGGAAGACAGGCGGGUCCACUUCGAAAUUUGCUCUUCAGGCUGAUGGAUUCAACUGUCCCAGAUGAAAUCCAAGAGGUGGUAAUUGAAACACUCUCAGUUGGAGCAACCAUGCUGUUACCUCCAUUACGAGAACGGAUGGAAUUACUUCACUCUCUUUUACCCCAAGGACCUGAUAGAUGGGAAAGCUUAUCCAAAGGACAGAGAAUGCAACUGGAUAUAAUUCUGACAAGUUUACAAGAUCAUACCCAUGUAGCCUCCCUUCUUGGCUAUAGCUCACCUUCCGAUGCUGCCGACCUUUCAACUGUGUGCAUGGGAUAUGGAAACCUGUCAGAUCAGCCAUAUGGUUCCCAGACCUGCCAUCCAGACACUCAUCUGGCCGAAAUUUUAAUGAAGACUCUCUUAAGAAAUUUAGGGUUUUAUACGGAUCAAGCAUUUGGAGAGCUGGAAAAGAAUAGUGAUAAAUAUCUUCUUGGAACAUCAUCUUCAGAGAACAGUCAGCCUGCUCAUCUUCAUGAACUACUGUGUUCAUUACAGAAACAACUGCUUGCUUUUUGCCACAUUAAUAACGUUACUGAGAACUCAAGCAGUGUGGCAUUGCUUCAUAAACAUCUUCAGCUUUUGCUGCCUCAUGCCACAGAUAUUUAUUCACGUUCUGCAAAUUUGCUUAAAGAAAGUCCUUGGAAUGGCAGUGUUGGAGAAAAAUUGAGAGAUGUGAUCUAUGUGUCAGCUGCAGGCAGUAUGCUCUGCCAGAUUGUUAACUCCCUACUGUUACUCCCGGUAUCAGUGGCUCGUCCUUUAUUGAGUUACCUACUCGACCUCCUGCCACCUCUUGAUUGCCUUAAUAGACUCCUGCCAGCUGCUGCUCUUUUAGAAGACCAAGAAUUACAGUGGCCUCUUCAUGGUGGGCCAGAAGUAAUUGACCCAGCUGGUGUGCCAUUACCUCAGCCAGCUCAAUCUUGGGUAUGGCUUGUGGAUCUGGAAAGAACAAUUGCUCUCCUCAUUGGCCGAUGUCUUGGUGGCAUGCUUCAAGGCUCCCCUGUGUCUCCAGAGGAACAGGAUACUGCAUAUUGGAUGAAAACACCACUUUUCAGUGAUGGUGUGGAAAUGGACACCCCUCAGUUGGAUAAAUGUAUGAGCUGCCUAUUAGAAGUAGCUCUUUCCGGAAAUGAAGAACAGAAGCCUUUUGAUUACAAAUUGCGGCCUGAAAUUGCUGUCUAUGUAGACUUGGCAUUGGGUUGUUCUAAAGAGCCUGCCAGAAGCCUUUGGAUCAGCAUGCAGGAUUAUGCUGUCAGUAAAGAUUGGGACAGUGCAACUUUAAGUAAUGAGUCACUCUUGGACACUGUGUCUAGAUUUGUUCUUGCAGCACUCCUCAAACACACAAACUUACUUAGUCAAGCAUGUGGAGAAAGCCGAUACCAACCUGGUAAAAGCUUAUCAGAAGUGUAUCGUUGUGUAUACAAAGUUCGAAGUCGUUUACUUGCUUGCAAGAACCUUGAACUUAUUCAAACCAGGUCAUCAUCAAGAGACAGAUGGAUCUCAGAUAACCAAGACUCUGCAGAUGUUGAUCCUCAAGAACAUUCCUUUACCCGGACCAUUGAUGAAGAAGCUGAAAUGGAAGAGCUGGCUGAGAGAGACAGGGAGGAUGGCCACCCAGAGCCAGAAGAUGAGGAAGAAGAACGGGAACAUGAAGUAAUGACAGCUGGCAAAAUCUUUCAGUGUUUCCUCUCAGCCCGAGAAGUAGCUCGUAGCCGAGACCGAGAUAGAAUGAACAGUGGGGCAGGGUCUGGGGUCCGAGCUGAGGACCCACCUCCACAGUCUCAGCAAGAACGACGGGUCAGCACAGACCUUCCUGAGGGGCAGGAUGUGUACACUGCUGCCUGCAACUCUGUGAUCCACCGCUGUGCGCUCCUAAUAUUAGGAGUAAGUCCUGUGAUUGAUGAGCUUCAGAAGCGGAGGGAAGAAGGGCAGUUACAGCAGCCUUCUGUGAGUGCCUCUGAAGGCACUGGACUUAUGACCAGGAGUGAAAGUCUCACUGCUGAGAGCCGCCUAGUUCAUGCAAGUCCAAGUUACAGACUAAUCAAAUCAAGGAGUGAAUCUGAUUUGUCUCAGCCUGAAUCAGAUGAAGAGGGUUAUGCACUGAGUGGCCGACGAAAUGUUGACUUUGAUUUGGCAUCAUCUCAUAGGAAGAGAGGUCCUGUGCAUAGUCAAUUAGAAUCUCUGAGUGACUCUUGGACUCGCCUGAAACAUACCAGAGAUUGGUUCUACAACUCCUCUUACUCCUUUGAGUCUGAUUUUGACCUUACCAAGUCUUUGGGAGUUCACACAUUGAUUGAAAAUGUUGUAAGUUUUGUGAGUGGAGAUGUGGGGAAUGCUCCAGGUUUCAAGGAGCCGGAAGAAAGUAUGUCUACAAGUCCCCAGGCCUCCAUCAUUGCAAUGGAGCAGCAACAGCUAAGGGCAGAGCUUCGUUUGGAGGCACUUCACCAGAUCCUCACUCUGUUGUCUGGCAUGGAAGAAAAGGGUAACAUCUUGCUGACAGGAAGCAGAUCAAGUUCAGGCUUUCAGUCAUCUACCCUGCUCACGUCUGUGAGAUUGCAGUUUCUAGCAGGGUGUUUCGGUUUAGGUACUGUUGGACACACGGGAACCAAAGGAGAGAGUGGCCGAUUGCAUCACUAUCAAGAUGGAAUCAGAGCAGCUAAAAGAAAUAUUCAGGUUGAAAUCCAGGUGGCUGUUCAUAAGAUUUAUCAACAAUUGUCUGCUACUCUAGAGAGAGCCCUUCAAGCAAAUAAGCAUCACAUUGAAGCCCAGCAACGUCUUCUUUUGGUUACAGUUUUUGCACUCAGUGUUCAUUAUCAGCCAGUUGAUGUUUCUCUGGCAAUUUCCACUGGUCUGCUGAAUGUAUUGUCACAGUUAUGUGGAACAGACACCAUGUUAGGGCAGCCCCUGCAAUUGUUGCCAAAGACUGGUGUUUCUCAGCUUAGUACAGCUUUGAAAGUGGCCAGUACAAGGUUGCUCCAGAUUCUAGCCAUCACUACUGGAACUUAUGCUGAUAAACUGAGUCCCAAAGUAGUUCAGUCCUUGUUGGAUCUACUCUGUAGUCAACUGAAGAAUUUAUUGUCCCAAACUGGUGUGCUGUUUAUGGCCUCUUUUGGAGAAGGAGAAGAGGGUGAAGAAGAAGAAAAAAAAGUUGACUCCAGUGGAGAAGCUGAGAAGAGAGAUUUUAGAGCUGCUCUUAGGAAGCAACAUGCAGCUGAACUCCAUCUAGGGGAUUUUUUAGUUUUUCUUCGCAGAGUUGUGUCUUCAAAAGCAAUUCAAUCAAAAAUGGCUUCCCCCAAAUGGACAGAAGUGCUUCUAAACAUAGCAUCUCAGAAGUGUUGUUCAGGUAUUCCUCUAGUUGGUAACUUAAGAACUAGGCUUCUUGCUCUUCACGUCCUUGAGGCUGUGCUACCAGCUUGUGAAUCUGGUGUAGAAGAUGACCAAAUGGCCCAGGUUGUUGAACGCUUAUUUUCCCUUCUGUCGGAUUGUAUGUGGGAGACUCCCAUUGCUCAGGCCAAACAUGCUAUUCAAAUAAAGGAAAAAGAACAAGAAAUAAAAUUGCAGAAGCAAGGAGAGUUGGAGGAAGAAGAUGAAAAUCUCCCCAUACAAGAAGUCUCUUUUGAUCCAGAGAAGGCUCAGUGUUGCAUUGUGGAAAAUGGACAGAUUUUAACUCAUGGCAGUGGAGGAAAAGGAUAUGGAUUAGCAUCUACUGGGGUAACUUCUGGGUGCUAUCAGUGGAAGUUUUAUAUUGUGAAGGAAAAUAGAGGUAAUGAAGGUACAUGUGUUGGAGUCUCUCGCUGGCCAGUACAUGAUUUUAAUCACCGCACUACCUCAGACAUGUGGCUCUAUAGGGCUUACAGUGGUAACCUCUACCACAAUGGAGAGCAGACUCUGACGCUGUCCAGCUUUACUCAAGGAGAUUUUAUUACCUGUGUGUUAGACAUGGAAGCCAGGACCAUUUCCUUUGGGAAAAAUGGAGAGGAACCCAAAUUAGCCUUUGAGGAUGUGGAUGCAGCAGAGUUGUACCCAUGUGUCAUGUUCUAUAGCAGCAACCCGGGUGAGAAGGUGAAAAUUUGUGAUAUGCAGAUGCGUGGCACGCCACGGGAUUUACUUCCAGGAGACCCUAUUUGUAGUCCAGUAGCAGCAGUGCUAGCUGAAGCCACUAUUCAGCUUAUCCGUAUCCUUCACCGGACAGACCGUUGGACUUACUGUAUUAAUAAAAAGAUGAUGGAAAGACUCCAUAAAAUUAAGAUAUGUAUUAAAGAGUCAGGUCAGAAGCUAAAGAAAAGCCGCUCGGUUCAGAGCCGAGAGGAAAAUGAAAUGAGAGAGGAGAAAGAGAACAAAGAAGAAGAGAAAGGUAAACAUAAUAGGCAUGGUCUUGCUGACCUCUCAGAACCGCAGCUGAGGACUCUUUGCAUAGAGGUGUGGCCCGUGCUAGCAGUUAUAGGAGGAGUUGAUGCUGGUCUUAGAGUUGGAGGUCGGUGUGUUCACAAGCAAACUGGGCGCCAUGCCACGCUGCUGGGAGUGGUCAAAGAAGGCAGCACAUCUGCCAAGGUCCAGUGGGAUGAAGCAGAAAUUACCAUCAGCUUCCCAACUUUUUGGUCGCCUAGUGAUACUCCAUUGUAUAACCUGGAACCCUGUGAACCACUGCUGUUUGAUGUGGCGCGAUUCCGAGGCCUGACAGCUUCUGUGCUGCUGGACCUAACAUAUCUGACAGGCAUUCAUGAAGAUGUGGGGAAACAGAGCAUCAAGCGACAUGAAAAGAAACACCGUCAUGAGUCUGAGGAAAAGGGGGACAUUGAGCAGAAACCUGAGAGUGAAUCCAUUUUAGAUGUGCGAACAGGGUUAAUGUCUGAUGAUGUCAAAAGUCAGGGUACCACAAGCUCCAAAUCAGAAAAUGAAAUAGCUUCAUUUUCUUUAGAACCAACACUGCCAGGUGUGGAAUCCCAACAUCAAAUAACAGAAGGAAAGAGAAAAAAUCAUGAACACAUAUCCAAAACCCAUGACAUAGCCCAGUCAGAAAUCAGAGCAGUCCAGCUUUCCUAUCUCUACCUCGGUGCUAUGAAGUCACUUAGUGCUCUUCUUGGCUGUAGUAAAUAUGCUGAGCUCUUGCUGAUCCCAAAAGUUCUCGCUGAAAAUGGCCACAACUCAGACUGUGCAAGUUCUCCAGUUGUUCACGAGGAUGUGGAGAUGCGUGCUGCUCUACAGUUCCUGAUGCGGCACAUGGUGAAGCGAGCAGUCAUGCGGUCACCCAUAAAGCGAGCAUUGGGGUUAGCUGAUCUGGAACGGGCUCAAGCUAUGAUUUACAAACUGGUGGUCCAUGGGCUUUUGGAAGACCAGUUUGGGGGCAAAAUUAAGCAAGAGAUUGAUCAACAAACUGAAGAAAGUGACCAAGCACAGCAGGCACAGACACCAGUGACCACCAGCCCAUCAGCAUCCAGCACAACUUCCUUUAUGAGCAGCUCCCUCGAGGACACCACAACUGCCACCACUCCUGUCACCGACACAGAAACGGUGCCUGCAUCUGAGUCCCCUGGAGUGAUGCCACUUAGUCUUCUCAGGUAGACCAGUUGGCCUUUGAUGUCUAUCACACUGAUGCCUGUGCUUCUCUCAGCACAUUGUUUCUCUUACACAGAGGGUGCCAAGUUAAAUCCAGCCUUGUCAGACCCAAGCAGCAGACUUUCGACGUCCCCUCCUCCCCCAGCAAUUGCAGUCCCUUUACUGGAAAUGGGAUUCUCUCUUCGACAGAUUGCUAAAGCCAUGGAAGCUACAGGUGCUCGAGGAGAGGCUGAUGCCCAGAAUAUCACUGUUCUUGCUAUGUGGAUGAUAGAGCACCCUGGGCAUGAGGAUGAGGAGGAGCCCCAGCCAAGCAGCACAGCAGACUCCAGACAUGGAACGACAGUUCUGGGAAGUGGCGGGAAGUCAAAUGAUCCCUGUUAUUUGCAGUCACCAGGAGACAUACCAUCAGCUGAUGCUGCUGAAAUGGAGGAAGGGUUUAGUGAAAGCCCUGAUAAUCUGGAUCAUACAGAGAAUGCAGCUUCUGGAAGUGGACCACCAACUAGAGGUCGCUCAACAGUAACAAGAAGGCACAAAUUUGACUUAGCAGCUCGUACACUGCUUGCUAGAGCAGCUGGGUUAUACCGCUCUGUGCAGGCUCACAGGAAUCAAAGUCGGAGAGAAGGAAUAUCUUUGCAGCAAGACCCAGGGGCGUUGUAUGACUUUAAUUUAGAUGAGGAAUUGGAAAUUGAUCUUGAUGAUGAAGCAAUGGAAGCUAUGUUUGGACAAGACCUGACCAGUGACAAUGAUAUUCUGGGAAUGUGGAUCCCAGAGGUACUGGAUUGGCCUACCUGGCAUGUUUGUGAGUCUGAAGAUAGGGAAGAAGUGGUCGUGUGUGAACUUUGUGAAUGCAAUGUCGUCAGCUUCAACCAGCACAUGAAGAGAAACCACCCUGGCUGUGGGCGCAGUGCAAACCGCCAGGGGUAUCGCAGCAAUGGCUCCUAUGUGGAUGGCUGGUUUGGUGGUGAAUGUGGGAGUGGAAAUCCAUACUACCUGCUGUGUGGCAGCUGCAGGGAGAAGUACUUAGCCCUCAAGACCAAGACCAAGACUACAAAUUCUGAAAGGUACAAGGGACAAGCGCCAGAUCUAAUUGGCAAGCAGGACAGUGUGUACGAAGAAGACUGGGACAUGUUAGAUGUUGAUGAAGAUGAAAAACUAACAGGUGAAGAAGAAUUUGAAUUGCUUGCUGGACCACUUGGUUUAAAUGACCGGCGCAUUGUGCCAGAACCAGUUCAGUUCCCUGACAGUGACCCCCUGGGAGCAUCAGUAGCAAUGGUCACAGCUACCAACAGUAUGGAAGAGACUCUGAUGCAAAUUGGUUGCCAUGGGUCUGUGGAAAAGAGUUCGUCUGGGAGAGUAACAUUAGGAGAGCAGGCAGCAGCCCUUGCAAAUCCUCAUGACCGAGUAGUGGCUUUAAGGAGGGUGACUGCUGCUGCUCAAGUCCUUCUGGCCAGAACCAUGGUCAUGCGAGCACUGUCUCUUCUCUCAGUCAGUGGUUCCAGUUGUAGCCUGGCUGCUGGUCUUGAGUCUCUGGGGUUAACAGAUAUCCGUACACUGGUUCGGUUAAUGUGCUUAGCUGCAGCAGGGAGAGCUGGCCUUUCCACCAGUCCUUCUGCCAUAGCCAGUACCUCAGAACGUUCACGAGGUGGACAUAGUAAGGCCAGCAAGCCCAUUUCUUGCCUGGCCUACCUGAGCACCGCAGUGGGAUGCCUGGCAUCAAAUACUCCAAGUGCUGCAAAGCUGCUGGUGCAGCUGUGUACACAGAACUUGAUUUCUGCUGCAACAGGUGUCAAUCUCACCACAGUGGAUGAUCCAAUUCAGCGGAAGUUUCUACCCAGCUUUCUCCGUGGAAUUGCUGAAGAGAAUAAGCUUGUAACCUCCCCAAACUUUGUUGUAACUCAAGCCCUUGUGGCAUUAUUGGCAGACAAAGGGGCCAAACUGAGACCUAACUAUGAUAAGACAGAAAUAGAAAAAAAAGGCCCUCUGGAGCUGGCUAAUGCCCUGGCAGCCUGCUGCCUCUCCUCUAGGCUAUCCUCACAGCAUAGGCAAUGGGCUGCUCAACAGCUUGUGCGCACUCUUGCUGCACAUGACCGUGACAACCAAACUGCUCCACAAACACUCGCUGAUAUGGGAGGAGAUCUCAGAAAAUGCUCUUUUAUCAAGUUGGAGGCUCACCAAAACAGAGUAAUGACAUGUGUUUGGUGUAAUAAAAAAGGCCUAUUGGCUACCAGUGGCAAUGAUGGCACUAUUCGGGUGUGGAAUGUUACCAAGAAGCAAUACUCACUACAGCAGACCUGUGUGUUCAAUAGACUGGAAGGGAAUGCUGAGGAAAGCCUUGGGUCACCCAGCGACCCAAGCUUCUCACCUGUUUCCUGGAGUAUCAGUGGCAAAUACCUUGCUGGGGCUUUGGAGAAGAUGGUGAACAUCUGGCAAGUUAAUGGAGGAAAAGGAUUAGUAGAUAGUCAGCCUCACUGGGUAUCUGCCCUGGCUUGGCCAGAAGAAGGUCCAGCUACAGCCUGGUCAGGAGAGUCUCCGGAGUUAUUGCUGGUGGGACGGAUGGACGGAUCUCUAGGACUCAUUGAAGUUGUUGAUGUGUCCACUAUGCACCGCCGAGAACUGGAACACUGCUAUCGAAAGGAUGUAUCUGUCACCUGCAUUGCUUGGUUCAGUGAAGACAGACCAUUUGCAGUAGGAUAUUUUGAUGGAAAAUUGUUAAUGGGAACAAAAGAACCACUUGAGAAAGGAGGCAUUGUUCUUAUUGAUGCGCAUAAGGAAACUCUUGUUAGUAUGAAAUGGGACCCAACUGGCCAUAUUCUUAUGACAUGUGCCAAAGAAGAAAAUGUGAAACUCUGGGGGCCUGUUUCAGGAUGCUGGCGCUGUCUGCAUUCACUCUGCCAUCCAUCCACUGUAAAUGGCAUCGCCUGGUGCAGCCUUCCAGGGAAAGGAUCCAAGAUGCAGUUACUGAUGGCUACUGGCUGUCAAAAUGGCUUAGUGUGUGUUUGGCGUAUUCCUCAAGAUACCACACAGACCAAUAUGACCAGCUCAGAAGGAUGGUGGGACCAGGAAUCAAAUUGUCAGGAUGGCUAUAGGAAAUCGGCAGGAGCCAAGUGUGUUUAUCAGCUGCGGGGACACAUCACACCCGUUCGGACUGUGGCCUUCAGUUCUGAUGGCUUGGCCUUGGUGUCUGGUGGACUUGGAGGGCUUAUGAACAUUUGGUCUUUAAGGGAUGGCUCUGUCUUGCAAACUGUUGUAAUAGGCUCUGGAGCUAUUCAGACCACAGUAUGGAUUCCAGAAGUUGGGGUAGCUGCCUGUUCAAAUAGAUCAAAGGAUGUUUUGGUUGUGAAUUGCACAGCAGAAUGGGCUUCUGCCAAUCACAUUUUAGCAACCUGUAGGACAGCCCUGAAACAACAGGGUGUUCUAGGAUUAAACAUGGCUCCCUGCAUGAGAGCAUUUCUGGAACGGCUACCCAUGAUGCUUCAAGAGCAAUAUGCCUAUGAAAAGCCUCAUGUAGUUUGUGGUGACCAGCUUGUUCAUAGCCCCUACAUGCAAUGUCUGGCUUCCCUUGCUGUGGGACUUCAUCUGGAUCAGCUAUUGUGUAACCCUCCAGUGCCACCACACCAUCAGAACUGUCUCCCUGACCCUACAUCCUGGAAUCCCAAUGAGUGGGCCUGGUUAGAAUGCUUCUCAACCACUAUCAAGGCUGCAGAAGCCCUGACCAACGGAGCACAGUUUCCAGAGUCAUUUACUGUCCCAGAUCUAGAGCCUGUUCCUGAGGAUGAGCUAGUGCUCCUCAUGGAUAACAGCAAGUGGAUCAAUGGCAUGGAUGAACAAAUUAUGUCUUGGGCAACUUCCAGACCUGAGGACUGGCACCUGGGAGGUAAAUGUGAUGUCUACUUAUGGGGUGCUGGCAGGCAUGGACAGCUGGCCGAAGCUGGAAGAAAUGUAAUGGUACCAGCUACAGCGCCUUCAUUCUCACAGGCCCAACAGGUUAUAUGUGGUCAGAACUGUACUUUUGUCAUCCAGGCCAAUGGGACAGUGUUGGCUUGUGGGGAAGGAAGUUAUGGCAGAUUAGGGCAAGGAAAUUCAGACGACCUUCAUGUGCUGACUGUGAUUUCAGCCCUACAAGGCUUUGUGGUGACCCAGCUGGUGACUUCCUGUGGCUCAGAUGGGCACUCAAUGGCCCUGACAGAAAGUGGUGAAGUCUUUAGCUGGGGAGAUGGGGACUAUGGCAAACUUGGCCAUGGAAACAGUGACAGACAGCGGCGACCAAGGCAGAUUGAGGCCUUACAAGGAGAAGAAGUGGUACAGAUGUCUUGUGGCUUCAAGCACUCAGCAGUGGUGACAUCAGAUGGCAAGCUCUUUACCUUUGGGAAUGGUGACUAUGGCCGGCUGGGUCUUGGAAACACCUCUAACAAAAAACUUCCAGAGAGAGUGACUGCGCUGGAGGGAUAUCAGAUUGGACAGGUGGCCUGUGGGCUGAACCACACCUUGGCAGUGUCAGCAGACGGCUCCAUGGUGUGGGCCUUUGGAGAUGGAGACUAUGGUAAACUGGGCCUAGGAAAUUCCACUGCAAAGUCUUCUCCUCAGAAAGUUGAUGUCCUCUGUGGAAUUGGAAUUAAAAAGGUUGCUUGUGGAACUCAGUUUUCUGUGGCUUUGACUAAAGAUGGUCAUGUGUAUACUUUUGGUCAAGACCGAUUGAUAGGCUUGCCUGAGGGACGUGCUCGUAAUCAUAAUCGACCCCAACAAAUCCCUGUCCUGGCUGGAGUGGUUAUUGAAGAUGUGGCAGUUGGAGCUGAACACACACUUGCUUUGGCAUCAACUGGAGAUGUUUAUGCCUGGGGUAGCAAUUCAGAAGGGCAGCUUGGCCUAGGCCACACCAACCACGUUCGAGAACCAACCCUGGUAACAGUUCUGCAAGGGAAAAACAUCCGCCAGAUUUCAGCGGGCCGUUGCCACAGUGCUGCAUGGACAGCCCCACCAGUCCCACCGAGAGCACCAGGUGUGUCAGUGCCUCUCCAGUUGGGCCUGCCUGACGCAGUGCCCCCACAGUAUGGGGCACUGAGAGAGGUGAGCAUUCACACUGUGCGAGCUAGGCUCAGGCUGCUUUACCACUUCUCUGACCUCAUGUACUCAUCCUGGAGGUUGCUGAAUCUCAGCCCCAACAACCAGAACAGCACAUCUCAUUACAAUGCUGGAACAUGGGGCAUUGUACAGGGACAGCUUCGGCCUUUGUUAGCUCCAAGAGUCUACACACUCCCCAUGGUACGCUCCAUAGGGAAAACCAUGGUUCAAGGCAAAAAUUAUGGGCCUCAGAUUACUGUAAAGAGAAUAUCAACCAGAGGACGGAAGUGUAAGCCCAUCUUUGUUCAAAUAGCAAGACAAGUGGUAAAGCUAAAUGCAUCAGACCUCCGACUACCCUCCCGAGCAUGGAAGGUUAAGCUGGUUGGAGAAGGAGCUGAUGAUGCUGGAGGAGUGUUUGAUGAUACUAUCACAGAGAUGUGCCAGGAACUUGAGACUGGUAUAGUUGACCUUCUCAUACCCUCUCCUAAUGCUACUGCAGAAGUUGGUUACAACAGAGACAGGUUCCUUUUUAAUCCCUCUGCCUGCCUUGAUGAACAUUUAAUGCAGUUUAAGUUCUUAGGAAUUUUAAUGGGGGUUGCCAUUCGUACAAAGAAGCCUCUGGACCUUCACCUGGCCCCUCUGGUGUGGAAACAGCUGUGCUGUGUCCCACUUACCCUGGAGGACCUGGAGGAAGUGGAUCUGCUUUAUGUGCAGACCCUGAACAGCAUACUUCACAUUGAAGACAGUGGCAUUACUGAAGAGAGUUUCCAUGAGAUGAUUCCUCUUGAUUCUUUUGUCGGCCAGAGUGCCGAUGGUAAAAUGGUUCCCAUAAUCCCUGGAGGAAAUAGUAUCCCACUCACGUUUUCCAAUAGGAAGGAGUACGUAGAGAGGGCCAUUGAGUAUCGACUUCAUGAAAUGGACCGGCAGGUAGCUGCAGUUCGAGAAGGGAUGUCCUGGAUUGUCCCUGUACCAUUGCUGUCCCUCCUCACGGCCAAACAGCUGGAACAGAUGGUGUGUGGGAUGCCUGAGAUCUGUGUGGAUGUCCUGAAGAAGGUGGUACGCUACCGUGAGGUGGACGAGCAGCACCAGCUCGUGCAGUGGCUCUGGCGCACGCUGGAAGAGUUCUCCAACGAGGAGCGGGUGCUCUUUAUGCGCUUCGUGUCUGGGCGCUCCCGUCUGCCAGCCAACACUGCUGACAUUUCCCAGAGGUUUCAAAUCAUGAAGGUCGAUAGGCCUUAUGACAGUCUGCCUACCUCACAGACCUGCUUCUUCCAGCUGCGGCUGCCUCCCUAUUCCAGCCAGCUGGUCAUGGCUGAGCGCUUGAGAUAUGCCAUCAACAACUGCCGUUCAAUUGACAUGGACAACUACAUGCUCUCAAGAAACGUGGACAAUGCGGAGGGCUCUGACACUGACUACUGACUGAUGAGGGUGCUGUCACCCACCUUUCUCAAUAAUGCUCACUUCCAAUUUGAUGUUGGUAUACUUUUAUGGUAACUACAUAGAUGUUUUAGGAACAUAAGCGAUACAAACAGUGGCCACAUUUAGUUACUUCAAAUGAAACAAAGAAAUUAGAUGGUUUUAUUUUUCUGUGAUUGUAUAAAACAAAAAAGCAGAAACUGCUCAGUCAGGUUUUCCUCUGUAUUUUUUGGUCACUGUGGAUAAGUUUGCAUGGAGCCAUUUUGGUGUAUUUUUAGUUGAGAAUGAUACAUUUUUGUAAGCCCACCCAGGGAACAUGAACUUGUACAUUGUGUAUAAUUGUUCAUUAGAAGGGACAGUUUUACAUGAGUAUCCAUAUAUUUAUUUUGUUUUAGUUUGAUUUGCCUGUGCAGGGUUCCUUAUGCAGAGAAAUAAAGCAGAUUCAGGAAUCA